AUGCGUCUCAUUUUGUGCCAGGCACUAAGCCUCCUCCUCGGGAGUGUAAUAGCAACUGGCCUGCCUAAGCCUCAUGAAAAGAGAUUCCUACAGGACAUUCAUGAGCGGACCAUCUUGCAGAAUGGCCAGGUCCGUCCUACCGACUAUCCAGACACACGUGUCGACCCUGCAGAGUACUCCUUCAAUAGCUUCCUCCCCAAUGCUACCGAGAUUUCGUACAAAGGCAGAUGGGACUCGAAAUACGUGUCUUGGUGGAGCGCACCUGGGAUCAGAUUCGGUUACACCGGCCAGACAGUCGCGGUGAGCUUCGGCAACCUUACCUCAGACGGCGUGCUGGUGGGCUACCGCAUUGCCGGCCUCGACUGGCAGUUCACCAACAUCAGCGCCGGCGCCACGCAUCUCCUGGUCACGCCAGACACGCCCGGCUCCAACCUGACCUACCCGAUUUCGCCCGUCACCUUUGAGCUGCGCGUGACGAAUUGGGCCUAUGGCAUCCAGCUUUCCGCAGUCCAUGUCGCCGAGGGUGAGAGCCUCGUGAAGAUCCCAGAAUAUGGACGCACAGUCGAAUUCAUCGGCGACAGCCUGACGAGUGGCAUGUACACGACGUACGAAGGCCUGUCUAGUUUUGGGUAUGGCAUAGGCGCCGGCCUGGGAGAGACCGAGUACAGUGUCACAGCAUAUCCUGGUAUUUGCGUCAGCGACCAAAAUUGCUGGGGCAAUGUGCGGGGCCAGUCGCGCCAGUGGUUCUACAGUUGUGACACAAGUGGAAGAGCGGUCGAGCAAUAUGGAGCGAAUCUCGAGAAUGCGGAGCCUUGGGACUUCUCGAAACACACGGCCGCAGAUCUGGUCGUUAUAAAUAUCGGAACAAACGACCAGAACGCGUACAACAAUGUCUCUGCACAGACUUACCAGGACAGCCUCACACGGCUGAUUCAAGGUGUCCACGGCGUCUGGCCCAAUGCACACGUUGUCAUAAUGACACUAUGGCUCGGCUUCUACCAGUACGGCAACAACUACUUCCCGAGCUCAGGCGACGGCUUCGUUCCCCAGAUUCAGGCCGUUUAUGACUACUUCAACUCGCCCGCCUACUUGGCGAGCCCCGUGGUCUACGACGGCGUGACGAACCGGACGUGGCACCUGAACACGACUAGCGAGCCCUUUGUGCAUCUCUUCAACACGAGCGGCAUCCUGCAGCACAACGACAUUGGCCCCCAGUACCACCCCACCGACGUCGGCGCCAUCAAGGUCGCCAGCCACGCCCUGCAGUAUAUCAAGCUCCAGCUCGGCUGGGAGCUGCUGGCCAACGGGCCCGAGAUCCAGCACGACACGCUGUACUGGAACGACGACCAGAACUACUAG